GCGGUCAGGGUGGAUGGCUCCUUUUGUAACACAAGAAAAGUGAAGAAAAAAAGAAGAAAUCGGGAACAAAAAAACUUCUGAACCAGGGACUGUGAGAUUAUAAACGGGAUCCCUGUUUAUUGCCUGGAAGGAAUCUUUGCAUAUUGGGAAAGAGAGAGAGAGAUAUAACUCCAACAAUGAAGGCGUUGCUUAUGUUAUGCUCCUGUAUCUUAGUCAUCCACGCCCUGCCGUUUGAGCAGAGGGGAUUCUGGGAUUUUACCAUGGACGAUGGAAUGGCUAUGAUGAAAGAUGAGGAGGCCUCGGGAGUAGAUCCUACUGACACUGUUCCAGAUGUUGGCUCGACGCCUAUGCCACCUAUGGAUUUAUGUCCUUUUGGGUGUCAGUGUCAUUUACGUGUGGUGCAGUGCUCUGAUUUGGGUCUCACGUCUGUGCCCAAGAACCUUCCGAAAGACACCACUCUCUUGGAUUUACAGAACAACAAAAUUACAGAAAUCAAAAAGGAAGACUUCAAGGGACUGACCAACCUGUAUGCUCUAGUAAUAGUAAACAAUAAGAUAUCGAAAGUCAACGACAAGGCCUUUGAGCCCAUGCAGAAGAUGCAGAAACUGUACAUCUCUAAAAACAACCUGGAGGAAAUACCCAAAAAUCUUCCCAAAUCUCUGGUGGAGCUGCGCAUUCACGAAAACAAAAUCAAGAAGGUCCCCAAGAAUGUCUUCAGUGGACUGACCAACAUGAACUGUAUUGAAAUGGGAGGUAACCCUUUGGAAAAUGGAGGCAUCGAGGCUGGCGCAUUUGAUGGCUUGAAGCUGAACUACUUGCGUAUUUCAGAGGCUAAACUGUCUGGCAUCCCAAAAGGUCUUCCCAGCAGCCUGAAUGAGCUUCACCUUGACAACAAUAAGAUCCAAGCAAUUGAAAAGGAAGACCUUAGCCAGUAUACAAACCUGUACAGGCUGGGUUUAGGACACAAUAACAUCCGCAUGAUAGAAAAUGGCAGCCUGUCUUUUAUGCCUGUUCUGAGAGAGCUUCACUUGGACAACAACAAACUCUCCAAAGUGCCCCCAGGCCUACCAGAUAUGAAGUUACUGCAGGUUGUCUACCUUCACUCCAACAACAUCACCCAGGUUGGCGUCAAUGAUUUCUGCCCUGUAGGAUUUGGAGUGAAACGUACCUACUACAAUGGAAUUAGUCUAUUUAACAACCCGGUUCCCUACUGGGAAGUGCAACCAGCUACUUUCCGCUGCGUCACUGACCGUUUGGCUAUCCAGUUUGGCAAUUACAGGAAGUAAAGAAGGUGGAACAUGGAUGCAGGAACCCCCCUAUUGUGAGAGACAAAAGACAGAGACGAAGAGAGCCGAAGAAUCAAAUACACAAAAAUUAAUAAUUAUGCUGAAAACCAAGAAGUAUAAGACCUAAAAACAAUAAUUAACCCCCC